AUAUCAAAGUGUAAGUGAAGUGGCCUAGAGACCUACAUUUAGUGUUUUAUAAGGAUUUAUUGGUAUUUAUGUAGAACAUUUGACAGAAAAUAUUUUUCUAAGCGAAGUAGAUGAUAUUUUAUAAACCGUGCGGACAGCUAGAUUUAGUUGUUUCGCAUAACCGUCCGAUGAUGCACGAAGACUCUCCAAAAAUGAGUGUUGCGCAGGGUCUGGGCGCUACUUCGAGCCAGCCGAAGAGUGAGAUCGUGUUCGAACGAGCUGUGGAGUAUGAAAUAUCCACGGAACAGAAACCCAAUGGAAAUAUACAGCUGGAAAUAAAGAUCCCCUAUGUGGAUCCAACCACUGGUGCCGGGAAUGAGCCAGGAGCGUACUUACCUGCGGCCGGCACCGUAUGUGACCAGACAGAUACCAAGGACGUGAUCGAGGAGCUGUGCCCCGUGUGCGGAGACAAAGUCAGCGGCUACCACUACGGGCUGCUCACUUGCGAGUCUUGCAAAGGGUUCUUCAAAAGAACCGUUCAGAACAAGAAAGUGUACACAUGUGUCGCAGAGAGAGCCUGCCACAUAGAUAAAACACAGAGGAAGCGAUGUCCCUUUUGCCGGUUCCAGAAAUGCCUCGAUGUCGGCAUGAAGCUCGAGGCCGUGCGAGCCGACCGCAUGCGCGGCGGACGCAACAAGUUCGGGCCCAUGUACAAGCGCGACCGCGCUCGCAAGCUGCAGAUGAUGCGCCAGCGGCAGAUCGCCGUGCAGACGCUGCGUGGCUCGCUGGGCGAUGCUUCGCUGGUGCUGGGCUUCGGCUCGCCGUACGCCGCCGUGCCCGUGAAGCAGGAGAUCCAGAUCCCGCAGGUGUCGUCGCUGACGUCGUCGCCGGAGUCAUCGCCGGGCCCCGCGUUGCUGGCGGCGCAGUCGCAGGCGCCGCCGCAGCAGACCGCGCACGACAAGUGGGACGCGCACUCGCCGCACUCGGCGUCGCCCGACGGGUUCGCGUUCGAGGCGCCCGCCACCGCCGCCGCCACGCCGUCCAGCACCGUCGAGGCCACCAGCACGGAGACCCUGCGCGUCUCGCCCAUGAUCCGAGAGUUCGUGCAGACGAUAGACGACCGGGAGUGGCAGAACUCCCUUUUCGGACUCUUGCAGAGCCAAACUUACAAUCAGUGUGAAGUCGAUCUCUUCGAAUUAAUGUGCAAAGUGCUGGACCAAAAUUUGUUCUCUCAAGUGGAUUGGGCGCGAAACACCGUGUUCUUUAAGUAUCUAAAGGUCGACGAUCAGAUGAAGUUGUUGCAGAACUCGUGGUCGGACAUGCUGGUGUUGGACCACCUGCACCAGCGGAUGCACAACGGCUUGCCCGACGAGACCACUCUGCCCAACGGACAGAAGUUCGACUUGCUCUGCCUCGGCCUGCUCGGCGUCCCCGCUCUCGCCGACCACUUCAACGAGCUCCAGAACAAACUCGCCGAACUGAAAUUCGACGUGUCAGACUACAUCUGCGUCAAGUUUUUGCUUUUACUAAACCCUGAGGUGAGAGGCAUCGUUAACGGCAAGUGCGUCCGCGACGGGUACCAGACGGUACAAGCUGCGCUCCUUGACUACACGCUUACCUGCUAUCCCACGAUACAGGACAAGUUCGGUAAGUUGGUGAUGGUGGUGCCAGAGAUACACGCGCUGGCGGCUCGCGGGGAGGAGCACCUAUACCAGCGACAUUGUGCGGGGCAGGCGCCCACACAGACCCUUCUUAUGGAGAUGCUACACGCUAAGCGCAAACCCAACGGCGCCGAAAUGGUAAACCGGAGUGCGGAACACCCCUCGACUCUAGACAGAUUGUGCGGUUUCCUGCCGAACGACACGAUUGAGCCGCAUUCGCCCAUCUAGAAUCUUGAAAUACCAGUGAAGAAUAAUGUGGAUGACCGCAACAGCGCCCAGCGGCACGACACCGUAUGGAUUAUCAUAAAGUUAUUACUUAUUAUUUAGGAUUAGAGUUAAACUUGGUGUGUGAUUAAACGUAAUAAGUUAUUUUGCGCCGAGCGCCCGCCGGCGGCGACGCGCGCCUAGUCCCAAUACAGAUAAGACAACUUACUGUUUAUCUGCAUAAUCUCUGUAACAUUAAUAUACAAAAAAAAUAUAUAAGAAAUAUUUAACACCACCCUCGUGUAGCUACCAUUAAUUUAUUGAGCAGUCUAUUAACGGUAUAUCAAUAAUUCAAAUUAAAAAUAAGUACAUGUUUUCUAUGUUAGAUAAAAACUAGCUUGUCUUAACUCUGAUGCGUAGCGAUGGAAAAUAUUACGAUACAUAUUUUAGGAAAGCGUCUGUGAUUUAAACGAAGAAAUUUGAUGAACCGUUUAUUGUUAGUUGAGGCGAUAAUAUAAUGUGUAAAGCGUAGGUUAGACGAGGCAGUUAGCGCCGAGCGCGUCGGCACGCCGCCCGACGGUGACCACUCACCGGCCGGCGUGUCGGCGCGAGCGGCGCCGCUCGCCUGCGGGGUCAGGCAGACCCUGCUCGCGACCACUUAAUUUUACUUAUUAAUUACACGAUGUUACUUUAAGACUAGCAAUCGGUGGAAUGUGUUCGUCGUGAUUUUCUUUUUCUAUUCGCGAAGGCUCGCCGACUGUGUUCCACCUGUUGAAGCGUGUUUCAGGUUUUUGGAGAGGAUGAGUUUAUUUUAGUUAUCGGGCUGAAAAUAUUUAAGAUUUUGUUGAAUUUUAAAAUCAGAAAUUCUCUAUAUAUACAUAUAUAUUUACAUGUAGGUAUGAUGAAAUCACAAUAAAAAAACAUGUUGAAAUUUUACAGUUGUUCCAAAUGAAAUGUUUAUAUGUAUGUUAUAAAAAAAAUAUAUCUGCAUUGAGUUUUAUCGGCCGUACCAGUACAAAUAAUAAUUAAAAAUAUCCCUGUAAAUAUUAUUAUAAAAUAGAAGUUAACAGUGAUUUAUGCUACUUAUAAUGUAAUUAUGUAAAAUAUUUUUCAAAUACGUGCAAGAAGCCUUAAAAAUCAUAGAUUUUUAAAAGAUAUGGGUACUAGCGUCUACGAGGUCUGUGGCCCGAUAGGACGAUGUAUUUUUAUAAAUCAUAUUGUUCUUUAUUAACAUAUAUAAUAUGUUAACUGGAAGUACAUUAUUUCGUAUUUUUCUAACAUAAAAUAUAGUAUAGCGUACGUAUUUCAAUUAUUAUAUUGAUCAACUUUAAACGUGUAAACAGUUAUACAUAUUGUAUUAAAAUAAUUAUAUGAUAUAGUGUUGUCAUCGUGUGAUACAUGCGUACAUAUGCGUUACAAAUUUAAUUUGAAAACGUUUUUAUUUUUAUAAUGUUUAGGGCGUCAGUUUUACUUUAUACGAAGUGUACGAGGAUCACUCUGUCAGCGUGUCACUGAAGAUACUUACAGGUCUCAUGAAUAAAAUUUCGCGCCUCGAAUUAAUUCUUAUAACUUAGAUUAAGUUGACCAUCGCACAUACAUUAUCGAAUAUGAUCUGUGUAUAUGUUGCAGGGAUAUCAUAAAAACAGGGAUUUGGUCAAAUUACUAACCUAACCUAACCUAUCCGAGUCGGGGUAGGGCAAAUAACAUUCGGUCAAGCGGCAGUACCCCAGUUCAGGGAUUUGUUCAAUUCACUAGAUUUGUUUAGGGAAAAGAUAAAAACUUGUUGUUAUUUUAACAUCCUCCGUGAUCAAAUCCCUCAGGGAGUUGACCAAAUUCCUGUUUUUAUCACAUCCCUGCGACAUAUAUACAGAACAAAGCCAAAAUGCUUUGCCAACGUCGGACGUAGCGUACUAUGACGUUGGCGAUGCAUCAUUAGCAUAAGCUUGCUAAAAGCUAAAUUUUGUUUGUAAGAUCGAAAGAGGUGCCCUAUUUACACCUGCAGUGCUAUAGUGCGACCGACGAGAUAAUCUCGUGAAGUGAAAUAGACAAAUUUCAACCAAUCUCAUUGAUUCAAGAGACAACGCUUGGACUUGGACAACAUUGUCUAUUUCUCUUCACUUAGUUGCAUGUUAGGUCAAAAAAAAACAACACGAAAAAUAUAUACAGACAAAUUAAGAACCUCCUCCUUUUUGAAGACGGUUAAAUGGACACCAAUUUUAUAACAUAUUCCUUUUCUAAAAAUUAAAUGGUAAAUCAUUAUCACACUUUAUUAUUAAAAUUUUAUUACUGUUAUUUUAUCAUUUUUACUCUUAUUUAAUUAUUUUUUUUAAAUGAAAUAGUAAACAAAAAAUACUUAUUAAUGUUUAUUUUCUUAUUAUUUUUACUCUUAUUUACUUAUUUACAUUUUUUUUUAAUUUUUAACUAUGUUAAUAUUUUUUAUUUUAUAUUGUGACAUAUGAUGAAAAUUGAAUGAAUAAAAUGAAUUGAAUUUACAAAAUUCAAAUUGUUUCCAAAUGUAUUUAUAUUUUACAUUGUACAAGUUUUCAUGCAGUUUUAUCAUUUUUAUAUUAUUUUAUUUUGGCAAAAAAAUAAAAUUGAAAGUUAAAUAAUAAUAAUUAUAUCGGUAUCAUACACUUUUUUAUGACCUUACUUUUUGAAUUUUAACCAAAUUUGAACAACCCCUGACGUAAAUAGGGCAUGAAUCGGAUGUCAUUAUAUAAUGUUGUUGACUUAACAUGGAGUUCAAUAGGGUCACCACAUUAUCCGAUCUCUCCACAUUAUGUAUAUCUAUUAUAUAUUACUUAUAUACAUGUAUAUCAUUUAUAUCUUUUGUGUAUCACAUAUCGACAAAUUCUAUACAAGCUACGAACAUUGCUGUUAUAGUCUAAUGUCUGGUACGCAUUGGCGUGCAGUUCAUACAUGCAUUAAAGUCCUGCAUACCCUAAAAGAUGUUUUCUCAAUACUUUCAAAUGCAGAUUUUCCCAGUUUGGUAUAUUUUUUCUUAAUAGUGCAUAACCUGAUCGACAACCUUAUGCACGCCACUGCUGAUACGUGAUCGGAUAAUGUGUGUAUAUAAAUUAUUUUCGCUUGGCACCUCUGCUUGUUCACAGAGAGAUUGUGUGUUGAUUGUCCUUUAUAAAUACGCAUGGUGACGUUUUUAGUAACUUUUGAAUAAAAUGCCAGCUAAAAAUAAUUGAUAUAUUUCCAUGGACACUUGACAAGACCGUCGGUUAUUUGAGUUAAGGAGUUAAUUUAGUUAUUUGAACAUGUGAUUAAGGAUUUGUUUAGUGAACGUUUAUAUAUUAAACUUAAUUAUCAUGAUAUCACUGCACCAAGUGCUAAUGAUUGUAUAUUUGGCCGGAUCAACGAGAAAGUACAUGGUAGUUUAUUGUGUAACAAUUUCCUUUAUAUAAUUAUCUAGGAUUGUAUUGUAUAUUUAAAAGAUUUAGCUCCAGUGUGAUGCUAUUAACUCGUGGUAUAUAUGUGUAUUACUAAACGACAAACGUGCGCAAUUUAGGUAUAAAUAAUCAUACAUUUCUAAGUAAAUAUCACAGAUUAAGAAAAAUAUGCAGAUGGAGCGCACGGAACACGACAGUGUCUUAGCGGAUCCAAAUACAAAAUUCAAUAACUAAUACAUUCUCGAGUCAGUACGACACGAAGCGUCGCAUCAGUAACUUUUUAUUCAAGAAAAAUGGUCUUAUGUUUUUAAACAUUAUAAAAACUGUUCACAAAAACUAAAGAUAUAAGAUUGAGUAUUUUUCAGUGGUAAUUAUUGACUUUUAUAUUAUUUUACGUAAUUAUUGUUAGUGUUAAAUUUUGAAAUACAAAUGAUGAAAAAAGUUUAUAUAUGCGGAUGUCAAGGAGACUCAUGACGUUUGAUUUUUAUGGGUGUCACCGCCUUCACCACGCUGCUUGCAUAGACUCACUCUGUAUGAUCUUUACUCUGUGGUAAAUAUGAGUUACGUAGCUAGGUAAAUAUAUUAUUAAUAGAUAAACACAUCCUAAACAUCACAAUUCGGGCUAGAUGGUUAGCAAGUUGCGCGUCACACAAGAGUUAAUAGCAUUUCACUGUUAAAUACAAAACUUUAUCCGUAAUACCGUCCAGUGUAAAAUAACUUUAAACGCCAUGAAAUGUAAGAAACUCCUGAAACGUUGGUAAUAAUUUGAUUGGACGGACGCAAGUAUUUUAGCCAUUAAGUACGUUAACGUUCGUGUUCAAAUUAGGGACCCGCAAUUAGCUACAAAACUUGGAUACUUUAAACAUAACUUCAGAAGCCCUUCCUCAGAUAUAGUAUAAUAUUUUACGAGUAUAAUAUGUAAUAAAUACAAAUGUGUUCAAAUUUUUGCAUAUGCAAAAAUACCAUUAAGGCGCAUUCAAUAGCUCUCAAGCUGACGCUUAGAGUAAAUUUGCGCUGCAAAUUUUACUCAAUUACAAUGUAUCUAAGUUCCAAAUUGCAAUAAAAAGAGGUUACGUUUCUAUGAUUAGUUCUUAGAAUUCAUGCGUUUAUUGUUAAAACUAUACGUCAGUAUACAAAAUAGUGACAAUUCGCCUUAACUGAAUGUAUCAUAUGUGUUAACAUUGACAAUAGAUCGAAAAUUGGAUUUUUAGUGUAACAAAUAUGGUGAUAAAUCGGUUGCAAACUCCACAAUUAACUUGGCUGGUGGGUUUUACAAGAUUAGCUGCAGAUUAUAUUUAGGACAGGCGUUUAUUAUGUACAUAUAUAAUAUAGGUCUUGUCUGACUGUAAGCGCAAUUGCGAUAUAAUUUUCUAACGGGAUCAACAUUUAAAUCUAUAAUGUCAGCCCAUCGGUUAAGUUAAGCUCACAAACUAGUUUACAACAUUGUUAUCACCAUCGACAAUAAAUCAAAUCCAUACACACCCGUAAAUAUAAAUUAUUUUAGUGACGUAAUAUAUUUGCAUCACAAAAUGCAUUCUCAUAGAGAAUUAGGCCUCAGUUGUAUAGUGUUACGUACGUUGACAAUAGAACGAAAAUUAGUACCUGCUCUUAAAACGAUGAAGUUCCUCUUUCGAAACGUUGUGGUGGUAUCGUUGCUUACAAUAAUUUAAUUCGUUGACACAAUUUUAUGUAUGUAACGUAUUCGUUCAUCGUGUUUUGUUUGUCUAAGCUACAUUCGUAUUCAUGAUUAUGUUCGCAUAUCAUUUGUUUGGAUGAGAUAUGUUGCGUAAAGGCAGAUACAAAAUCCGAACGGAAAAUUACUGCGAUUGAAACCUACGCCAUAGAAAUUUAUCUGCAUCAUGUUUUAUUAGAAUAGAAAUAUUGUUCCCUUGUAUAUGGCGCUAUGAAGUGUAAUUAAGUUCUUUUUUUUUUGUACCUAGCCUAAUUAUUGUAGGAACCCUGCGUAGAAAAAAACUUAAUGAUUUAACGUGGAGCUGCGUUUUCAUUGUUAGAAAUGUUAAGUUAGUAACAAGCAUCGAUUAAUGUGAUUGGACCUGGUUUAUUUGCGUAUUUCGCUGGAUUUUAUACUCGGUAGGUUACUGUGGAACAGAGAAUGCAGCUUCCCGAAGUUUUGAAGCUUCAUCGAAUGCAAAGCUGAUCUGUGAUGGUAUUGACAUAUUUAGAUACAUUAGGCUGUGUGGGUUUUACUUACUUCUUACAAUAGGCAAAGGGACAGAUUGAGCCCAAUUUUUGUAAACGUAACUUCCACGGGCCUGUUUCUGGUUUUUAAUUUGGUUUUUCCCUCACUAAACUUUUGUGUGUGAUUAAAAGUAGGGUUCAUGUGUAUAAAUGAAAUGAGAUAAUUUCACAUUGGAUACAGUUAUUUGAUGCAGUAUAUUUUCACAUUGGAUACAGUUAUUUGAUGCAGUAUAUCAGUUGUAUGACGCACUUCAAAUCUACGGCACGGAUUUUAAGAAAUGACUCGUAAAUGUUCUUGGGCUGAACUUGGGAAAUGUAACGUCAUGAUAAACAUACUUACUAUUAUUUGGUAAUUAGAUUAUUAUUUUUAAUAAUUAUGUUUUUUAAUGAUACCUUGUUGGCCUGUGUUGGGUUAAUAAGUGCUAUUACAUAUAAUCGAUCUAAUUUUAUCCAGAUCUAAAGUAAAAUAAAUGAUGUAAUUAGGCCGAUUUUGUUUUAGACAAAGAUUAUAUAUCGAUAACUUUGUGCUGGGUUGUUUGCAAGAAAGCCAGCCUGGGAAUAUUACGAGUGCGUUUUUACUACUUACUUCUUCAAUAUACGAGUAUACUGUCAACAAUUACCAAGACGUUAAUCCAAUUAGAGCCAUCGUUGAACCAACUAUAUGAGUACAUAUCCAACUAUUUACCAUUUUGUGUUACCAUUUUGUAUACAGUAUUUAUAUAUUUGUACCUAUCAAUUGUUAUGCAAUUAAAUAUGAUAUAUACACAGUAUUAUUUUUAACAUUAACAAAUAUCUGGUAUUUGGUUACAUCAAUAAUAUUACUCUUCGUUAUUUCACAAAGCACAACCAUCUGUUACCAUUAAAAGAGAAUGGUGUAUGUGUUUUAACAUUUAUACAAUUGUAGACAAGUUAUGUCCCUUAGGUUUGUUUUUAAAAAGUGGUAAAUACUACUGCCUCUAACCAUGGACACAAGCUCUUUUAUAAUUAUUAUCCGCAACGAUAAUCUAUAUAUUAUUUUUUAUUUUCUGUAGCGCUAUUCUUCAACCAUCUUUCUAAUAACUCUAAUGUAUGAGUUUCGUAAAUUUCGUAUCUCUCUAUCUACAGUACUGUGACAGUGAGAGAUAGACACGAAGACUUAAAUAGUCGAGUUAUAAAAAUAGAAAAGCGCUAUAUAUACUUACCAUAUAUAUAGUAUACAAGCUUCGUUUUAUAUAUAUACUUGUGUGUAUAUAUCAAACACAUCAGUGUAGUCGUUAAAAUGAGUUGUGUGCCAUGAAUUAAGUUCGUGCAUUGUAGAGUUCGUAGCCGCGGACGGCUCUGCGUGUGUAAUGGUUGUCGUAUAUCAUAAACUUGUGUUUGCUUUCUCAUGUAAUUUAUUGAACAAAACUUAGACAAUAACAGUUGUUAAGAUUCGAUUGCAUGCUCUAUAACUUGUCCCAUCGCUAAUGUUCUGUCUCGCGCUUCACUCGGUUUCAUUCAUACAACAACAUAUAGAUAUUUACUACAUUUGAUUAUAAUAUGUAUGCUUACGAGUAUAACUUUAAACCUACUGUCUAUUUUGUAAGAUUAGGUUGUAAUAUACUGAAUAUGUUAGCGUUCGUGUAAGUAAUAUACAUCUAUAUUUAUGAACUAAAAAAAAAAUGAUAAGUAUUUUAUUGUGGUAAGGUACACGCUGAGUGUUCUGUGUAAAGUAAAUGUUGAGUUCGAUUAGGUGGUAAGUGAGGUCCGGUAGCACAGGCCACCCCGGUUACUUCGCUCAGACUCGUUCGCCACAUCGCCACGGCGGCGCCGCCAGUGCCAGUGCACCGCAGGCGCCCGUCAGUGCACAGCAGUCUCGUCGCAGGGCGGGGCUGCUCGCGUCACACACAUUCCAAAAUAACACUAGUAUAUACGCCUGGUGACGCUCGACGAACGCGUUACGGUUUGUAAGUUAACCACUUUGUUGUUCAUUAACGAUAAGUUAGAUUUAAUCUCAGCCGAUGUUGUUUAUUUUAGUCUGUGUAUAGUAUUCUCUCGAUUUAAGUUAAUGUGAGGACGAGAAAUUGAGCGAAUCGACGGGCCCCAGUCUGGAGGGUUCAUAUUAGUUGUAAUUCUUAAGUACCUAAGCGAUUGUUUCUGUUGCACCUAACUUUAUUUCGCGAGCCGUGUUAGUUGUAUUUUACUAUGUAAUUGUAUAUAUAGAUAGGGCGAGGUAAACAGAGUUUUCAUUCAUCUUAUAUGGUUAUUGUUAAAUCUAAUGAUAUGGGGCUGGCAAAAUACCAAUGCAAGGUCGCAUUUUUUUUCUGUUAAAUAAAUCUAUCAGAUACAUAACUUACUGUAUGUAGAUGUAAUAUGGCUAUUUAUGUUUCUCUGUUUAUGUAAGGCAGCGAUGAGGCCACGAGACUGGUGGCAGCGUUCUAGGCACGCACCGCGUCGCCUAGAGCGAUCAUUCGGUCGACUUGGCUUAGCUAAGCGUGCGCCGCGCGGCUCGCACGUUAGGGUUCAUUUACACGAGCGGCAACUCUGCCGAGGUAGCAGCUGCCGCUCGUGUAAAUGAACACUUAGCGGCGCACGCGACGCACUGCCCGUGAGUCGCACAUCGGAACGCGUCCCUCGCAUCUCGGUCCAGUGACCUCUGUAAUUAUUGUGUAAUUAUAAAUCAUACAAAUACAUAAGUUAAAGUACCCCACGUAAAGUAACCCACGAAUUUUGUGUAAACCCGGCUCUCCUGUUAACUGAACCUAGAUGUUUUUAUGACACGUUCGUAGAACAAUCUGCUGACAGAAAUCGAAAGCUUCACUAAGUUCAUUGUUAAUAAAAAAAAUGUAUAUUAAUUGUUUUAUAACUUUUAUACCAACACAUUUUGCAUAUCGCUUUUGCUUUACUACAAACCACAUCAAAAGAGUGAUAAUUCAGUGAUGGUGCACGCGAAAUGUAUACUCAGUUCAGUUAAUAAGAGAGUAUUUUGUCUAUAUAAUAUUAUCUACCAUAACAUUGUACCGUGUCAUUACCUCACAUGAAUUUUGUACAUUUUAAAUAAUAAUAGUUAAAUGUUGUCGCUAUAUUUGAAAAUUAUUUCUGUUGUCCAAUGAAGUUUUGGAAUUAAUUUAAAUGCUAUUGAAUAUACAACACGAAUUAUUAUUAUUAUCGGAGGCCACUUAUACACAAUCAUGUAAAAGCGGUGUGAGGUGUCAGUCGCGCAUCGUCAAUAUAUUUAUUUUAUUUUGUGAUUAAUAAAUAUUGUGAGACGCACGUAAGCGCCGGCGUAUGCCGACCGUUAUUGUAGAAAUAAAUAAUAUUUUCGUUUAA